CCCUUUCUUUGUUGGAUUGGUCUGCUCUUUGUCUCUCUCUCCUUUAUUCUUUGCAGUGGCAGCGGACAAGGAGCCCGAGGGAAAAGAGAGACUGCUGGACGACACCCCCCGACAGAUACGCCAACACACACAGACACGUGUGUCAGUCUGUUUUUGACGCGCACCAGAGGAUUCCAGGGGUUCCUGGUGUGUGUGUGUGUGUUUGAGGGGUUGAGGGUGUGUGUGUGUGGUGUUGAUGGGACAGUAAGAGAUGUGUGUAUCUCAGUAUCAGAGGGGCAGUAGCCCCCCUGCCCUCCUCCUCCUCCCUCUGUUCCUCCUCUCCUCCUCUCAUCUACUCGCUCAUGGAGCCAUCCAGAUCCCCCAAAACUAUAAAGUACAGAACAUGUUACAGCCUCCUACUCUGACAAAGAUGCCUGAGUCCUUAACGGCCUUUUCAUUAGACGAUAUCAUGCUGCUCUGCGAGGCCACUGGCAUCCCCACACCCAGUUUCCGCUGGGUAAAGGAUGGUAAGAAGGUGAACUGGAUGGGACAUAAUGGUUCUGGAAAUUUCACAGCCCAUGGCGACAAGCCGCUCAGCGAUUACCAAGGACACUACCGUUGCUACGCCGACAACACCCUGGGAACAGCCAUGACACACACCGUCAAACUCAUCACUGAAUCGACACCGACCCUCCCUAAGCAGAAGAGAUCACACAAAACGGCAGAGGAAGGAGCUAGUGUUGUUCUCCACUGCAACCCUCCCAGGAGCUCCACCAUCCCUCACAUACACUGGAUGGACAAGAAACUGCUCCAUAUAGGUCAGAGUGAGCGUGUGACGACAGGUCUGGAUGGGAACUUGUACUUUGCCAAUGUGUUGAAGAACGACAGUCGAGAUGACUACACUUGUAAUGCUCAAUACAUCUCUGCGAGGACCAUCCUGCCUAAAGAACCCAUCUCACUCACUGUCACACCUAGUAAUGACGUGGCUCGUGGCAGGAAGCCCCAGCUGAUGCAACCUCAGGGCCCCCACAGCUCUCACCUGGCCCUCAGGGGCCACAGCCUGGUACUGGAGUGUAUACCUAAAGGGCUUCCUACUCCUUCGGUAUUGUGGAAGCGUAUGGAUGUUAAUUUGUCGGAGACAGGAGCCUGGACAGAUAACCACGGCAGGUGGCUUCGGUUUGACAGCAUAACCCAGAAGGCAGACGGAGAGUAUGAGUGUCUGGCUUCAAACACACAUGGAUCCGUCACACACUCCUACACUGUCACUGUGGAAGCUGAGCCGUACUGGGUGAAGGAGCCCCCGUCACUGUUGUACUCCCCUGGGGAGACAGUGAGGCUAGACUGUCAGGCCGAUGGUAUCCCCACCCCUACUGUCACAUGGAGUAUAAACGGAGAGCCUGUUGCAGAGGUAGACAUUGACCCUAGGCGGCGGGUGACCGGAGGGGUGUUGGUCCUAAAAGAUGUAGUGUUUGGUGAUACGGCGGUGUACCAGUGUGAAGCCACCAACAAACACGGAAAUAUCCUCAAAAAUACAUACAUCUAUGUCAUUGAGCUGCCAGCUCAGAUCCUGUCCUCUGAUGGGGUGGUAUAUCAAGUUACGGAGGGGGGCGUGGCCAGACUGCAUUGUGAGGCCUUCGGGUCACCCCGUCCACAGGUCACAUGGGAGAGUGAGGAUCUCCAGAACACCUUGCUGUCGGACAGUCGUGUGUCUCAGCUGACCAAUGGGACGUUAGAGCUGUUUAAUAGUAGCAGGGAGGACAGUGGAGUCUACACCUGCUCCAUUACACACAACAACACCUCCAUCACCGCUCACCUGGAGGUCCUCAAACGUACGGUGAUGCUGAUCGGUCCCCAGGCUGUACAGGUUACGAGGGGAGGAGACUCCUGGUUGGACUGUCAUUUCACCUUUGACCCCCAUCUGAACCGACCCCAAAUCCUCUGGAGGAAAGACGGACAGAAGAUCAUGGAGUCAUCACUGGGAGACAAACCCCCUCAUAUUGGAUCACCCCUCCUCCAUAUUGGAUCAGUCCAUGUGCCUCUCAUCUCCUCAGACCCCUCCUCCAUAUUGGAUCAGUCCAUACCACACGCCUACAUACACACGCCUCUAUCUCCUCAGACCCCCUCCUCCAUAUUGGAUCAGUCCUGUCCCAGCCCUCCAGUGUUUCUGUCUCUGUCUGAAGAGCAGGACCACAACCUGACUCUCAGCUGGACACCUGGAAACACACACAACUCCCCCACCACAGAGUUUGUGGUGGAGGUAAAGGAGGAGAAACAUCCUGAGGGGAAGUGGGAGUCACACCGUGUGACUGGGGAUGUCAAUCAUCUGGAGUUACACCUCCUCCCGUACUCCACCUACCGCUUCCGGGUCAGCGGGGUCAACAGACUGGGGAGGAGCGACCCGUCAGAAAUCUCUGAGGCCUACAGCACCCUACCCACAGUUCCUGAAACUUACCCUCUAAAUGUGCGUAGUGAGUCUACAGAACCAGGAACACUGGUCAUCAUGUGGGAGGAGAUUGACCGUCGUUUGUACAACGGGUCGGGGUUCCAGUAUAAGGUGUCAUGGCGACAGGUUCAGGAGCAUCACUGGAGCCAUACCCAUGUUCCACAUCCUCCCUACCUGGUGAACGGAACCAGAGCGUUCUCUAGUUAUGAGAUGAAGGUCCAGGCUGUCAACUCUCUGGGCGAGGGGCCGCAUCCUGUUCCCGUUAUAGGACACUCUGGAGAGGACUACCCGCUGGCCUCUCCAUCUAAAAUCAGUGUGUCAGUAGAUAACAGCUCAGCCAUUGUAAGGUGGCAGCCGGUUGACACACACACGGUCCAGGGUCACCUGCUGGGUUAUAAGAUAUAUCUGAAGAGGUUGGGUUCCCAGGGAGGAAGAGAGCAUAGAGUGAUGGUACGCAGGGAGGUGAGAGAGAUUAAGGGAGGAGUGGAGCGAGGAAUGGAGAGAAAGGAGGAGAGGUGGGUUGUGGAGGUGGAUGGCAACAAGACAAAAGAGGUGGUGACGGGGCUCAAACUCUAUUCCCUGUACGAGCUGUCAAUGACAACCUUCAACAGAAAGGGGGAGGGGCCUCACUCACCGACACACCCCUUCAGGACACCGGAGGGAGUUCCUGGUCCUCCUGCCUCUCUGGAUUUUGAGAGUCCGUCGGAGACAGAGUUAACCCUUCACUGGAGGCCCCCCACUCAGCCCAACGGACAACUUGUGGGAUAUGUUCUACAGUACCAACAGAUUUCAGACAGCCGAAACAGUCCUCCUCAGGUAGAGGUGAUCUAUGACCCCACGGUGACCCACUUACCGUUGGAAGGUCUGGACCCUCAUAGCCGCUACGUCUUCUACCUGAGGGGACGCACAUCUGCCGGACAGGGACCACCAAUCACACGAGAGUGUGCCACCCUGCUGGACGGAGUACCUCCCAGUAACAUCAGUACAGUGGUAGGAGAAAGGUCAGUCAACCUGAGCUGGGUCCCUGGAGACAGAUAUAGGAACCACAGCUUCCACAUCAAAUACCUCAGCAAGACUGUUGGGGGUAAGUGGGAGGAGUCAGAACAGGUUAACACGUUGCAGGCAUUCUAUUCGCUUACGGGUCUUCAGCCUGGAACACAGUACCGCCUCCUCAUCACCCAUGGCAACUACACACACUGGGAGGACGAGAUACAGACAACCGGUCCAGAGCUACGUGGUGUGGAAGGUGAUUUUGCUACUCAAGGCUGGUUCAUAGGGCUGAUCAGUGCUGUAGUGUUGCUGUUGUUGCUGCUUCUGGUUCUCUGUUUCAUCAAGAGGAGUAAAGGGGGCAAGUACGCAGUGAAAGACAAGGAAGAGAGUCAGAUGGACUCCGAGGCUCGGCCAAUCAAAGACGAGACGUUUGGAGAGUACAGAUCUCUGGAAAGUGAUGGUGAUGAGAAGCGGUCAGUCAGUCAGCCAUCUCUGUGUGUGGAGAGUAAACUGGGGAGUGACGACUCCCUUGCCGAAUACGGAGACAGUGUCGACAUCCAGUUCAACGAGGACGGCUCUUUCAUUGGUCAAUACAGUGGCAGAGGGCCCGCCCCUACAGGAAAUGAGAGCUCUGGCCCCGCCUCCCCUGUCAAUCUAGACCCACCGCCUCCUCCGAUAGGCCCCUCCUUCGCCGGAAUACUGGACAGGACCAGUUAAAUAGAACAGACACACACACCAUCAGACCGCCUGCAUGAAGACACAUCAUUCCUGACACUACUGCCAUCAGACUGCCUGCAUGAAGACACAUCAUUCCUGACACUACUGCCAUCAGACUGCCUGCAUGAAGACACAUCAUUCCUGACACCACUGCCUGCCUGCCUGCUAGACAUACACAAGUCCAGUACAUUCCAUGGGGGUACAGAGAAGUCAUUUACAGAUCAGCUUGCCUUCUCUUCUCCACGUUUACAGACAUGGCAAUACACACAGGGUAGUACACACAUCUGGUAACACACAGUAAUACACACACACAGAAUGCAGCAGCCACUACUCCAAAACCCUUUGACGCAGUGUACCAUAGCGCACUUCGCUUUAUCACAGGUAACAGGUUUAAUCCUCACCACUGCGUCCUUUAUCAGAAGGUCUGCUGAACCUCAAUAAAAUCUCAUAGAACACUUCAUUACUCCCUUUUUGUUGAUAAAGCAUCCAACACUUCUCUUAAAAUGUCAAAUGCAAUGCACCAAACCCGCUCACAGGGCUGGGUCAACUCUUAAGGUCCCUCGUGUCUCUACCAACCAAUCAGCUUUUAGUUUCAACGCCCCCCCCCCAUCUUGAAUCCCCGGUGCCAAUAGGGCAGUUUAGAAUCCUGAUGAAACUCACUGAUGUGUGUGAGUGUUCUUUAGAAUGCUGAUGGAACUCACUGAUGUGUGUGAGUGUUCUUUAGAAUGCUGAUGGAACUCACUGAUGUGUGAGUGUUCUUUAGAAUCCUGAUGAAACUCACUGAUGUGUGUGAGUGUUCUUUAGAAUGCUGAUGGAACUCACUGAUGUGUGUGAGUGUUCUUUAGAAUGCUGAUGGAACUCACUGAUGUGUGUGAGUGUUCUUUAGAAUGCUGAUGGAACUCACUGAUGUGUGUGAGUGUUCUUUAGAA